CAGAAAGGGGCAGUACCACGUCCCUAGACCAGAGGCAACCUGGGUGACAUAGUCGCGCGUCUUAGAGUAGUCGCUCAGUCCAUCCAGAUAAAAGGACUUGUGUUCCUCAUUCUUUGGUUCGGUAUUGCGUACCAAAUUAUUCAAUUCCUUUAAAACAAAAUGGAUGACCUUAAUAAGGACCAGGUAGCAAUCCUCAAGAAGGCGUUCGAAGCCUUCGACCACGAGAAGAAGGGUUGCAUCGGCACAGUUAUGGUUGGCACCAUUUUUGGCAUGCUGGGUCUUGGCGUCACCGACGAGACCUUGAAGGAGAUCAUUGAGGAGGUGGACGAAGAUGGAUCCGGCGAGCUGGAGUUUGAAGAGUUCGUAACAUUAGCGUCAAGAUUCAUGGUUGAAGAGGACGCCGAGGCGAUGCAGCAAGAACUCAAAGAGGCAUUCCGGUUAUACGACAAAGAAGGUAACGGGUACAUCACGACGGCGGUGCUUCGGGAGAUCCUUCGAGAACUGGACGACAAGAUCAGCGCAGAGGAGUUGGACAUGAUGAUUGAGGAAAUUGACUCUGACGGCUCUGGCACUGUUGACUUUGAUGAAUUCAUGGAAGUUAUGACGGGAGGCGACGACUGAACGACCACUGGCCACGUUUAUGUUAUAAUUAUACUCGUAUCUAUUAUUUUUUUACACAAUAUAUAUUUAUUUAUACUUACAGACUUUUCCAUCUUUAUGUUAUACAUAUUUAUACCAAUUUUACAAAGUUAUUAUUCUUACAAAUAAAUAUUUAUUUAUUUUUUAUACAUCGGAAAAUAAAUUUGAAAAUAUUAUUAGAAAAAACUUUAAUGUAUUUAUUUAACUACUUGUAAGUUAUUUAUAAGAAUAAAAGAAUAUUCUAAGAGCA